CGCUGUACGGAUUUAUAGAAGGAGCUUUCCUGAGUGGUGUGCCUGGCGCGGUGGGGUGAGGGUGCCAUGUGGUAUACACGGCACCCAUACUAAACCAGCAGUCUUACAGGCGGUUGCGAUGGUGGUGGUGGUGGUGGUGUGAGCGGUACACCGGAACACCAUGACCUCCAUGGACAGGCACAUUCAGCAGACCAACGACCGGCUGCAGUGUAUCAAACAGCACCUGCAGAGUCCCGGGAGUUUCCAGACGGCCGCGCGGGAGCUGCUUGACUGGUGUGGGGAUCCCCGCGCCUUCCAGCGCCCCUUCGAACAGAGCCUCAUCGCCUGCCUCACGGUUGUGAGCCGUGUGGCCGCUCAGCAGGGCUUUGACCUGGACCUUGGCUACCGGCUCCUUGCCGUGUGUGCCGCUCACCGCGACAAGUUCACCCCCAAAUCCGCAGCGCUGCUGUCGUCCUGGUGUGAGGACCUCGGCCGCCUGCUGCUGCUGCGUCAUCAGAAGACGCGGCAGAGCGAGGGGGGCGCCAAGCUCACCCCGAUGCAGCCGGGGAUGAACGCCAUGAAGCCCAACCUCCCUCCUCCGCACGGGGACGGGCCAUUCACAUACAACGAGUCCGUGCCGUGGCCACAGAACCCGAACCAGCCGCCGGGGUCGCUCUCCGUCGUCACCACGGUGUGGGGUGUCACCAACACCACGCAGAGCCAGGUUCUGGGAAACCCCAUGUCCAACAAUCCGGGGCUGCCAGGCAACAACCCCGGCAUGACGUCGCCCCAGUUCUCCAAUCAGCAGCAACCCUUCCAGGGCGGCGGAGGCAACGCUGGCAAGAUGUACAUUCAGCAGGGGAUGUACGGCCGCGGCGGUUACCCCGGGGCGGGGGCCGGAUACCCUGGCAGCUCUCAACCACGCGGUAGCUUUCCUCAGCCCGCAGCAGCUGCUGCUGCCGCUGCUGUUGCCGCGGCGGCUGCCACGGCAACAGCCACCGCCACGGCAACUGUUGCCGCCCUCCAGGAGAAACAAAACCAAGAGAUGGGCCAGUACGGAGCGGUGCGUACCAUUGAACCCGAGGGGGUGGCACACGGAACAUACCACUACGAUCACGGGGGGUGUAGGGUUUGCUCCUCUUUCCAGAUGGGCCCCGGGCAACCCUACCAGAACCAGUUCCUGAGCCAGCCGGGGCCACGCGGGGGGCCCGGCAUGUCGGGCCCCAUGAACCCCCAGGGCAUGUCGCGGCCUCCGGGCCUGGGCCCCCUGUACCCGGCGCCGCCGGGGCAGCGCAUGGGGCAGCAGGCGGGGGGCGGGUACCCCCCCGGGCACGGCGCACAGCGCGUCGGCCCGCAGAUGGGAAUGAAGCGCGCCUAUCCGGGAGAGGGCUAUGGGCCCCAGUAUCCUGGUGGAGGUCCUCAGUAUGGAGGAGCCCAAGGGGGUCAGUUCCCGCAAGCGGCCCCUCAGCGAACCCUGGCCUCCCCGGUCUACCCCGGGCAGCGGCUGCCCGGGCAACCGGGCGGGCAGUACCCGCCCAACCCGGCCAUGGGCCAGUAUCCCAACCCCAGCAUGAGCCAGUACUACAAGCCUCAGGAUCAGUACAGCACCCAGAACUCCAGCUUCCCUGCGGGCAGCUAUGGCUAUGGACAGCAAGCGUACCCUGGGGCGAGGGGGAUGCCCGGUUACCCCCACUCCCCGAUCCCCGGGAACCCGACCCCGCCGGUGACCCCGGGGAGCCACGUGCCGCCGUACCUGUCCCCGAGCCAGGACGUGAAGCCCCACUACCCACCCGACGUGAAACCGCCGUACCCCCCCGACGUCAAGCUGGGUCUGGUCCCCCCGACAGGGAACCCCGGGGAUGAACUGCGUCUCACGUUCCCGGUGAGGGACGGAAUCGUGCUGGAGCCGUUCCGCCUGGAGCACAACCUCGCCGUGUCCAACCACGUGUUCCACCUGCGCCAGUCCGUGCAUCAGACUCUCAUGUGGAGGCCGGACCUGGAGCUUCAGUUCAAGUGCUACCACCACGAGGACCGGCAGAUGCACACAAACUGGCCGGCGUCCGUGCAAGUGAGCGUGAACGCGACGCCGCUCAACAUCGAGCGCGGGGAGAACAAGACGUCGCACAAGCCGCUGCACCUCAAGCACGUGUGCCAGCCCGGCCGCAACACCAUCCAGAUCACUGUGACGGCCUGCUGCUGCUCACACCUGUUCGUGCUGCAACUGGUGCACCGCCCCACGGUUCGCUCCGUGCUGCAGGGGCUGCUCAAGAAGCGCCUCCUGCCCGCCGAGCACUGCAUAACCAAGAUGGCCGUGUCGUCGGGGAGCGGCCUCAACGGAGAGGACGGCGUGGAGCAGACGGCCAUCAAGGUGUCGCUCAAGUGCCCCAUCACCUUCCGCAGGAUCACGCUACCCGCGCGGGGACAGGACUGCAAGCACGUGCAGUGCUUCGACCUCGAGUCCUAUCUGCAGCUGAACUGCGAGCGUGGCACUUGGCGCUGCCCCGUGUGCAAUAAAACGGCGCUGCUGGAGGGCCUGGAGGUGGAUCAGUACAUGUGGGGCAUCCUGGACGCCAUCCGCAACACGGAGGUCGAGGAGGUGACCAUCGACCCGACGUGCAGCUGGCGCGCCGUGCCCAUCAAGUCGGACGUGCACGUGAAGGAGGACCCCGACGGGCCGCUCGCCAAGCGCUUCAAGCCGACCAGCCCCAGCCAGACGGCGCUGCCCAACGUCCUGGAGACCAUCGCCGCGCUAGGCCCCGCCGGAUACCCCUCCGAGUACACUCACCAGGGCAACAGCUACGCUGCCCAGGGCGGUUUUGGAGAGUUCCCGCAAGGUUCUUCGGCAGCACCGGCCCUCAACGACUUCAUGAGCGGCCCCCAACUCUCGCACCCGCCUGAUGGAAUUCCCGAGCAGAUGUCUCACUCACAUCCACAUGGCCCUGAGCAGCCCCACAAUGCAAUGCAGCCGGGUCAGGGCCCACCAAUGGGAGGACAGCACCAUCAGCAUCACCAGCAACAACAGCAGCAGCACCAGCAACAACAACACCAGCAGCAGCAGCAACAGCAGCAGCAACAACAACAGCAGCAGCAACAACAGCAGCAGCAGCAGCAGCAACAGCAACAACAGCAGCAACAUGGCAUGCACGGCGGCGGGCAGGGGGGCGGCCUGCACCAUGGUGGGCCACAACAGCAACCCCAGUCGGCGCCCCCACCUGAGCUGGGUUUCAACCCAGGUCUGGACGGGCCGGGUGGUGGAGGUGGAACCCCAGAGGUCCCAGAACCAUCGUUGGAUCUGUUGCCGGACUUGACCAAUCCCGAUGAGCUGCUAUCAUACCUUGACCCCUCGGACCUCCCGAACAACAGCAACGACGACUUGCUGUCUCUCUUCGAGAACAGCUGAGCGAGCCCGCCCACUUCUGUCCAUCUCCCGACCCCCAACCCUUAACCAUGAGCCCUCAGCCCCCUCCCUUCUCCACCUCCCCGUCACCCGCCCCCCCCCCCCCCGUCAUCGGCUCCGUGUCCGACCUCGCGAACGAUGUACCGGCCGGUAUCACGUGACUGGCCUAGGACCGACUGCCGGCACGUAGCCCGGGCGGGCGGCACGUGACCGCGCGACUUUCGUCUCUGGCUGGCGGUCACGUGACGCAACCGGCCGCCCGCCACCCCUGCUCAAACUACCGCGUCUCUGCAAUCUUAUUGGACAGCUGGGAUUAUGUGACCAGGAACGGCGACUCCUUCGCUCCGCGGAUGGAACUCUUGACCGACCUGCUCGGCAUGAUAGUACGAGAGGAGCACACGGGGUGGGCUCGUGUUCUCACCUUCGCUGCGUCUUCCCGAGCCGAGGCUGCCAGGACCCACGCACCCCGCGAUGGGCUGUGCUUCCUGAACCCUCCCUCACUCUCUGUGCCCUGCGAACUUAACCCUACCCGUCGCCCCCUUCCCCCCCCCCCCCCCCACCACCACCAAUGCUUCACCUCCUCACCCGAGGAUCGCAGCAGCAGCAGCAGCGUCAGCCCCCAGUGGCCUCGACGAUCCUCCCGCACUCCCCCGAGCGGCCGCUCCGCGGACUCUGUAAAGCACAAACGGCCACCGCGUGGACAAGAGCGGCCGCUCAAGUCUCCUCUCCACCCACACAACGAGGGCGCGAGGCAGAGAACAAGGGGAGCAACCGCGAGCGGAAGGGAAACGGGGAAGACAGAGGCAGACGGAGAAAUGGCGGGGCUGGACAGGUCGGCAGAGGGAGAGGAACUGGGACGACGCACACGCCGCGCUUGCUGGCGGCAGACAUUUUCGACGUGAAGCGUGUUGGGGGGGACGAGGGUGGGGGGGGGACGGACGGCAGCUUGUGCCCCAGCCCCCGUCGUGCCCAUGGCUCUCUCGUCCUCGUCGCUCGCUCGUCACCGUCGCGAGCCGGCGAUGUCGGCGCAACAAAAAAGGGAUUCGCUUAAAGCACAAAGCCGAGGCGCGCGGCACCACCCGCAGCCGGCACCCCCUUCCGGCCGACGCUCACUUCCCGUGGCUGCCGGCUGCCGCAGUCUGGUGGUGCUGCCCCCGCUCGCUCCUUUGCUCCGUCGAUCCCACGAUCCCCGACGACCCCUGUGAAGGGGACCAGAGGGGAGGGACACUUCCCCUCCCGUCAGUGAAUCCCAGGCCCGCACCCUCUCGUCUGGGUGACUCCAGCCUCUCCCUGCCGCCCCGAGCCAGGGUCUGCACCCCCCUCGUUCCCCCCCAGGACACAACCCCCGACCCCCACCCUCCCCCCUGACCCCCUCCCGCCAGCAAACACUGCAAUAACCACAUGAAUUGGGUGCAUGCGCUGCCACUGAGCGCCCGUUAUUUUAUGAAACUACGUUUUUAUUUGGUAUAUGUUGUAUUUAAUUUGAAAACCAAACUCGUGAUGCUUCUAAAUGAAGGUUUUUAUUUUUUUUUGUUAUUUUAUAGAAACUUUUUAGUAAUAAAUAAUAGAGAGAUGGGGGAAGGGGGGGGGGGGUUCUUUUUUUUUUCACCAAAGGCAAACUUUGUAAUGUCGCUAGCCCUGUUUGUGUCGUCGUUGCUGAUGAUGAUGUCGUCGUCGUCGUUGUUGUUGUUGUGGUGUGACCGGGCCGUGGCCUCUCAACCCCCAAAUCCCACGACCUCCGACCUCCGACCCGCGGUCCGGCCUCGCCCACCCGAUUUAGCUAGCCCGGCUUUUACGUGUAACCCCCAACCCCCCGACUCCCCGUGUUGUUAGUAUGUGCCGUGCGUUACGUGACACCCCCCCCCCCCCGCCCCUCCCC